GAAAAAUGGCUUCGGGUACAAUGUUCGCUGUUUCCAAAACAAAAUUUCCAAUUUCUUAGUUCAUUUUAAUGCCAGAAUUUGGUCUUUUGUGUCGCCUCAUUGCAGAAAUAAGGCAUUUAUAACAUUGGCAGAUUUUAAGGCAACUCGACUGACAAUAUGGAUCUAGAUGAUUGUGGACAAACUCUGCACUUGUCUGUGUCAAACAUCCCAACAGAAGCUACACGUGGAGAACUGUUUUCUUAUUUUACUGAGGAACUUGGAUACCCAGUUAAACAUGUGCUGUAUCCCAUUGAGCCAGGAGAAGCAGUCGUCAUACUUGAUUGUUCUUUUCAAGAUCUGCAAAUAGAGAGCAUCAUUGAAGCAGGAGCACAAUUGAAGGGACAUAAAUUAAUUUUGAGUAAAACCCCUCAGGUGUUCCAUAAUUUGUUUGUCACCAUUGACUUCCAAAUGCAUGAACUGAUGACAGAAGAGUUUUUGCAGGAGCUAAAAGCAGAAACAGGAGUCACAGUAACCUACAAUGAAACUGAUGAUCAGUUUAGAAUCCUUACAACUUGGCCACAAAUCCAAAUGGUUUACAACAUGUUGGCACAGCUCUCCAAACAGAAAGUCGGUCAAGAAUCACAUGUAUCAGCUUCACAAAAAAAGCACAGGAGACCACAUUCAAGCAGCUCCAUGCACAGACAUAGGGCCACCUCAGAGCCUUCAGCAGGAGAGCGUCUUUCUACACACCAUUGCACAGUUAGUUCCAUAAAUUUGAAUACAAGACUUCAGGCUGAAGGUAGAAGUUACACCAGCAAGCCAGCAUCAAGAGCCCCUGGAAACAAAUCCACAACAGUUCCUACAAGGCAAUAUGUCCAGUCUNAUGGUCAAUUUAUCAAAUACUUCAAACAGCUGAAUGACCAGAUGAUCUAUUAA